CAUCUCUAAUACGUGCAGACGUACUUCAGAGCGCGCAGCUUGCGGAGCAUUCGUUUCAUUUUGUUUGUGUGUUAAAACCGCUCGAAGAUUUCUGCAAGCGCAUUAAUAAUUUAAUGUAAACACAUUCUGAAUGCAGUUCGCUAAGAAAACGCGACGCGCUUGUCCACAAAUAAACUUUUAUUACCAACAUUCGUUUGUGUCUGUAUAUGUGUGUGAUUGAUUGUAUGUGUACAAAAGAUAACUGCACACUAACAUUUGCGCAGCGAAUUUAACCGGAAAAGAAACAAACAGUUACACAGAAGUUUCGAAGGCAAAAAGGAGAGGGAAGAAGAAACAUGGCUCGCGACACACAAGGCACCCAGGCCACCCAGAGCCAAGCGUCGAACAUUUGGACGCAGGUUGAGAGCCAACCCAUGGAGAAGAUAGUAUGGGGCCGACUCUAUGGCAAAAAUAUAAAAAUAAAGUCCUUGGGUACGAGCAUCAAACCAUACAAAGUUAUAUAUACGCAUUCGUCCCUUUGUGUUGACUUGAACAACGACGAAUUUUCCGCUGGACGUGGCGAGGCAAAUGAUUUGAUAUUAACACUAAAUGAUUUAUCCGAAAAGAUUCUAUCACGCAUAUCCAAAGUACAUUUUAUCAUUAAACGCGCCAACUGUGAUCUGACAAAUCCGGUUUAUAUACAGGAUCUAUCACGCAACGGCACAUUCGUAAAUGGCGAAAAGAUCGGUAUGAACAAAACACGCAUUUUACAAAAUGACGACAUCAUAGCGCUCUCUCAUCCCACCUACAAAGCAUUUGUCUUCAAGGAUCUUAGUCCCAAUGAAGCGAUUGGUUUGCCCAGCGAAAUUACCGAAACCUAUUGUAUAAAUCGCAAACUGGGCUCGGGUGCCUACGGAUUAGUGAGACUUGUAUAUGAACGUCGUACCUGUGAACAGUUUGCAAUGAAAAUUGUGAAGAAAAACAUGCUGGAAGUGAGUGCACAUCCGAACAAUAACCAAAACGAUCCAGUUCGUGUCCUCAACGAGGCCAAGAUCAUGAAAAAUCUCUCGCAUCCGUGUGUGGUGCGCAUGCAUGACAUUGUCGAUAAACCGGACUCGGUUUACAUGGUUCUGGAGUUUAUGCGCGGUGGCGAUUUGCUAAAUCGCAUCAUCAGCAAGAAACUGCUAAACGAAGACACCUCUAAACUCUAUUUCUAUCAAAUGUGCCAUGCUGUCAAGUAUUUGCAUGAUAAAGGCAUCACACACCGCGAUCUGAAGCCGGACAAUGUGCUGCUGGAGUCCAGCGAUGAAGAUACUUUACUCAAAGUAUCUGACUUUGGUCUCAGCAAAUUCGUGCACAAGGAUUCAGUGAUGCGUACCCUAUGUGGCACGCCCCUUUAUGUGGCACCCGAGGUGCUUAUCACCGGCGGGCGUGCGUCGUACACCCAAAAAGUGGACAUUUGGAGUUUGGGUGUUGUCCUUUACACUUGCCUGAGUGGCACUUUGCCAUUCUCUGAUGAGUACGGAUCUCCAGCCGGAGAGCAGAUAAAAAAGGGUAACUUUCGCUUUCGUCAUCCUGCUUGGCAGGGUGUUUCGCAACGUGCCAAGUUGCUAAUCAAACAAAUGCUCAUUGUGGAUCCUGAGAAACGACCCUCAAUAGAUGCUGUGCUCAAGUGUAACUGGAUGCGGGAUACAACAAUGUUACAAAAGGCAAAGGAUCUUAUGAAAUUAGACCACAUGGAGAUUGGAGAGGAGGAAAACAAUUUCCUGGAACCGCCAACUAAGCGGCGACGCCAUUAAUUGGUUGGAUCAACCAACGUAUUAAACAUAAGCUGAAGUGAAAAAGUUUUAAUUUUCUGGCAAAAUUAAUCGGAAACAUUUUCCAUUCCACUGCCCACCAAGCAGCGCCAGCAGUAGCAGCAAAUGAAGUGAUUAACCGUUCUUGACUCUCCCAACUUUAAAGUACUUUUCUCUGCGGUUGUUUAUUAUUUUUUAUAUGUUGUUUAGUGUAAGUUUUGUAAGCAUUUGAAUUUUGUUAAACAUUGUGUGCGAAAAACUGGAGAACAAAAACUGAAGCACAAAUUUUGAAUUAGAUAUGGUAUUGCAUUUAUUGACGCGAUUAUAAUCUUGAAUGUAAUUAUAAAAUAAAAUAGCAACACAAA